UUUUGUUCCCUAACUCGCAAACUUCCAGGUAUUAAACAUGUUUACACUUCACACGAUGUGUAGCGAGCAAUAACCGGUUCUACCAUAUGCUGAAAAGUAGUCAAAGUGUUUAUUUCCCAUUCCUACAUUUUCCCCGUGUGUCUGCGAGAAUGGUUUAGCCCGGGUUUAAACCUUCAUGUUUGUGGAUUUUAAACCGAACAAUUUUACAGUGACUUGAAUUUUAGUCCGCAGCGUUUAAUUCUUCAUAUUUGGACUCAGUGAAUUCUCCGACAUUAGAACACAGACACUUGUAGUCAUGUCAAAUCAAGGUGACAAGGCAGCUGAUGAUUUCCCCACUGACAUGCCCUGUCUGGAAAAACUGGACUCUCCUACAGGGAGCCCACCCACGGCCUCAUUAUCCAGUCUGAUGGAGCUGGGAAAUUGUGUUUCCAACUUGAGCCUCGCACACGAGAUAAUAGUGAACAGUGACCUCUGCUUCACCCCCAGGAUGCCUCGCACAGACAGUCUGGAGGGCAGAGUGACACAGAUCGUUCACAGAGCGUUCUGGGACAGUCUCCAGGAGCAGCUGAACAGUCACCCUCCCAACUACACUCAUGCUGUCAUUCUGCUGCAGGAGGUCAAGACUAUGCUUCAGUCCCUGCUUCUGCCUGGUCACGUCAGAUUGAGAUCUCAGUUGGACGAGGUCCUUGACAUGGAUCUGAUAAACCAGGAGGUCAACCAUGGCAUUCUGGACCUUCACAGACUGGCCGAGUACAUCACCAACACCAUGGGGUCUUUGUGUGCACCGGUGCGUGACGCGGAGGUCCGAGCGCUGAGAGAACUCAAGGAGCCUGUGGAACUCCUGAGGAACAUCUUCCGUGUCUUGGAGCUGAUGAAGACCGACAUGGUUAAUUUCACCAUCCAGAGUUUGAGGCCUCACCUGCUGCAGCAGGCCGUGAACUAUGAGAGGGUGAAAUUCCAGCAGAUUCUGGACAAGCAGCCGGAUUUUCUGGACAAAACCACUGCCUGGCUUGAGGGAGCAGUGGCAGAGGAGGCGUCUGUCAUCAGAGCUCAGUGCGAUUCUUCUGCUCCUGAAAGCCGAGGUCUCGUCAGCGCCACCGCCGUCCUCAACCGGGCCUAUAUGCGUCUGAUAAACUGCGACCCACAGGACGAGAACUAUCCAGAGACUGCCCUGAUGGACCGAUCCCGCCUGGAUGCUCUGUGUCAGCGGCUCCGCAUGCUGGUGGUGGAGGCGUCCGUGUUGCUCCUGACCAAUGCUCAGUGCGGGGACGCCGUUUUCUCCCUGCAGGGCUUUGUAGGUAAACUCAGGCAGACCAUCGCUGCCGUGCUGGAGGGCAGUCACACCAGGGAGGCUGGCCUGAAGGGGGCGCUGCUGGGGCUCGGGGAGACGGUGCUGCAGCAGGUGAAAGGAGCACUGAGCAGCCGGGGAGAAGCAGCGCUGCCGCUGCAGAGGCAGGAUCUGCUGAGGGGACAAAUAUCUGACCUGUGGAAGCACAACAACACUGUCCGCACACUCAUAGGAGAAAGGGUAGAGGGCUUCCUCCGGGCGACGCUGCAGGGAGGCUCUGCUAAAGGGAGUGUACAGUUGGCCGGUCCUCUGAGGCUGGUGAGCACCGAGCUCACUGAGCUGGGGACGGCCUUUGGGCGAAUUGUCCACUUCAAUCGAUCCGUCUUCGGCCCCUUCUACGCACCAAUCCUCAGGAAACUCAUGUUCUCGCCAGGAGAGGCCAAGCCCGGCGAAGACUCGCGCUAGGGUGAUGCCAACCUCAAGUGUCCUUUUACAUAAGCUGCCGUGUGGCAUCAAACAUGUAACUUUAAUGUAAAUACAGUGAGCGAGAAUGUAUAAAGCAAACCCAGUGGUGAGAUGUUACAACAACAACAACAAAAAAAAAGCAGAUUAUUAGAUAUAGAUAUAUAUUAUUGUUAUUAUUACAGUUUGGUAAAACACAGGUACUUAAUUAUCAUAAGUAUUACAGAACAUUUUAACAACCAAACAUUAGAUUGUGUGAAAGCAAAGACAGGAGUAACAGUGAAUAAGAAAAUGCCGCAGGAGUGGAAAAACUAGUCAAGAUAGAACUAUGAAUCUGAAAUUGUCUGUCUGGGUUUGUCAGGUUUAACUCACUCAUCCUCAGGAAUAGCAGAGUACCAAAGACUAAGUUUGUAAAUAAUACUGAAGAUGUUAUAUGUAGCUGCAUUCUAAUCUUCAUGCUGUAGAACUUAACCAACACAUUAUGCACUUUUUUUUGCUCUCUUUUACAA